CUUAUACACGUCAAUCGAGGUGGAGUGGAGGGAACACUAUUUAUCUAGCUCGUGAAGAUUAUCUACAAACACAAGUCGAGAAAGCAAAUUCUCACGUCCUAUCAAUCGAGUACAGUAUUCCUUGCUGUACUCCGCAAGGCAUUCACAUUCUGCUAUAUGAAGGUCAUUUCAUAGUGCCGUAGUGAACAAAAAGAUCCAUAGAUGAACCACAUCAAAAGCUCAUGGAUCUCAAAAAUGCUAUCCCCAACAACCGGCAAAGUCAAUACGAAUGUUGGCAGGGUAUACAUAAUAUCUCUGCAGUUCUUGGAGCGCCUGUGCCAGAUCGGUAAACGCAUCCAGAGUCCAGCAGCAGCGCCAGGCUUGUUUACAGUCUUUCAGCCAACAAUCUGAAGGGAUAAUUUGGCGGUUGCCCGUAUGCUCCGUGGAAUACGGAGAAAUGGCCCCCUGCUUCAUCCUGCACCUAGUGCACGAAGAAUGCUUUGUGAUACAUUGAUUCAUGAAAGAAAGCCGAUUCUGGUUUCUUUGCAAGAUCAUAUAUACCAGCAAGAUCGAACGUCAGCGGUAGACGAAAACGAUAUUCGAGUUUAUUUUACGUUCAGUCCACCAAACGCCCUAUCUAGCUCUUCGCCUUCGUUGCGUGGCACUAUCGACGGGGUGUUGUAAGCGCUCUGGUCUGCAGAUAAAGUGUCCAGCAAGCUUGGUUCUUUUUGCUGCUCCAUCCUUUGCCCAUGAGGCGAAGCGAGUUUGCUUGGCUGUAGCAGUUUCUCUUCUCGAUCCAGCCAACCAGGGGCGACGCGUCGUUUCUCGGCAAGAUCUCGCUGUUUGAUCGAUUCUUCCCAGUCCCGGAUAGUGACUGUUGCGUCAUCGCGAGCUUUCUUCAGGUGGUUUUCAAGAGCCUGGCAUGAUGCCAGUAUCUCUUCUGGGAGCGCAGCGUGCUCGCCACUGGGCGACACAAUGUAGCGGGCUUUUACAUCGGGAUUGCUUGGAUCGACGGUCACGGAGGGAGGAAGAGUCGACGGGACGGAUUUGAAUGUGUAGGGAAGAGUGACGGAUGUAGGAAGGUUGAUGAAAGGGGAGACUGUUAACGGAACUUGGGCGAGGAGGUGAUGGGGUCCUAAAGUGAAAUCAUCAGUUAGUUAGCUUCUGGGAAGAAGAAGAGACGGGCAAGCUUGCUUACUAUACGACUCAUACAUGAUGGUGGUGACGCUGGAGAGCGUGGAGUGGAAGAGAGUAAUAAUAGCAGCAAAGGGGAUUGCAGAGGGGCAACCAAAGUUCUUCUCGUGUUCUGCGCCACUGCUAUUAAUAUGGAUAUGAAUGCCAAUGUUCCGUACGGAGUAUUUAAUAUUAACAUUACAUAUGAAGCUGAAUCCUCGAGGGGCUCUUGAUAACCGGCCCUUCUAACUUCCCCUCCUUUCUUAAGCUCUAUCGACUGCCGAGUCUAGUCCAAGACUUGCGUUCUCAUUCUGUUCCACUCUUUUUCUCCAUCUUUCAUCUCCAGAUCUAUUCGCCUUCGAGACGCUCUCGUCUGGCUUCCCUGUUCUGUCUCGAUCUGGUCCGCCCAAUAAUAAUAGUUGAGACUGCUCGGUGAACCGACCUUAUUCUGCGUUGAUCCUGCUGCUGCGCCCCGUUCCUCGUUUUACAAUCCGUUCACCACAGCCUCGUUUAACCCGUUGUCCCUGAAUUCAGUCUGAACACUGCCGCUUGCGAUCUCCGAAACCCACCCCGCAAGCACUCUUGUUCCUCGCAAGAUGGAUCGCAAAUUGGCGCGAGCGGUGACGCACAAGAAGCCGGUCCCGGAGAUAGACUUUACUCUGCAUACUAUGGAAGAUGGCUCUCAAGUGUCUACGCUGGAAAGAGUAAUCAAAGAGGUGCAGGCACCUGCGUUAAAUAUCCCGUCCGACGACGUCUUUUGGUCCCCUGAGGAUCCUUCGAAACCCAAUCUCCAGUUCCUCAAACAGCAUUUCUACCGGGAAGGCCGUCUCACGGAGGAGCAAGCACUAUGGAUUAUACACGCUGGUACAGAGAUCCUCAGGUUGGAGCCAAACCUAUUGGAGAUGGACGCUCCCAUUACUGUGUGCGGCGACGUUCAUGGCCAAUAUUAUGAUCUGAUGAAGCUGUUCGAGGUCGGCGGCGACCCUUCCGAGACAAGAUAUCUGUUCUUGGGCGACUAUGUCGACAGAGGGUAUUUCAGCAUCGAGUGCGUUCUCUACCUUUGGGCCUUGAAGAUCUGGUACCCCAAUUCGCUCUGGCUUCUGCGCGGUAAUCACGAGUGUAGGCACCUCACAGAUUACUUUACGUUCAAACUGGAAUGCAAGCACAAGUAUAGCGAGCGCAUCUACGAGGCUUGCCUCGAAUCAUUUUGUGCGCUACCACUGGCGGCUGUUAUGAACAAACAGUUUCUUUGCAUUCACGGGGGUCUCAGCCCAGAGCUGCAUACCUUGGAAGAUAUCAAGACGAUUGAUCGCUUCCGUGAGCCCCCUACUCAUGGUCUCAUGUGCGAUAUCCUGUGGGCCGAUCCUCUGGAGGAAUUUGGGCAGGAGAAAACUGCAGACUAUUUCGUCCACAACAGUGUUAGAGGUUGCUCGUACUUCUUCUCCUAUCCUGCCGCGUGCGCGUUCCUCGAAAAGAAUAACCUCCUUUCCAUCAUUCGAGCACAUGAGGCCCAGGAUGCCGGAUAUCGCAUGUAUCGUAAGACUAGGACGACCGGGUUUCCCAGUGUGAUGACGAUUUUCAGCGCUCCGAAUUAUCUCGACGUUUACAACAACAAGGCCGCUGUUCUGAAAUAUGAGAAUAAUGUCAUGAACAUCCGGCAGUUCAACUGCACCCCCCAUCCUUACUGGUUGCCGAAUUUCAUGGAUGUUUUUACGUGGUCCCUUCCCUUCGUUGGUGAGAAGAUCACGGAUAUGCUUAUUGCUAUUCUGAAUACCUGCUCUAAGGAAGAACUGGAAGAGGAUACCCCAACAUCCGAAAGUGCGCCCCAGGAUCAAUUCUCCCCGGCGACUCCUAUGGAUUCCGAGAUGAGCGAGUUCAAAAGACGCGCAAUCAAAAACAAAAUUCUUGCCAUUGGUCGUAUCUCACGUGUGUUCCAGGUGCUUCGUGAAGAGUCGGAGAGAGUCACCGAACUCAAAACGGCAGCCGGUGGUCGUCUUCCGACAGGAACUCUCAUGCUUGGAGCAGAAGGGAUCAAACAGGCCAUCCACAACUUUGAAGAUGCACGCAAGGUUGACAUACAGAACGAACGCCUUCCCCCGAGCCAGGAGGAGGUCAUCCGGAAAAGCGAAGAAGAGAGGCGGGCAGCUUUGGUGCGGGCCCAACAUGAGGCAGAAAAUGACACAGGCUUAGCGACUGUGGCCAGGCGCAUCAGCAUGUCUGGGGGUUCGGGCAGAAGUCGUCGGCAGGCAAAGGAGGCUAAAGAGGCCCAAGAGGCCAAAGAUGCCAGGCAAGUCAAGGAAGUCUGAGGAUCCAUCCAGUUUCGUGGUUAUGUCACUCUUUCAAAUAUUGCCACUUCAGCAUGCUCCUCGCUGCACGAUACCCUGUUGAAUCUGUCAUUGAAAGCUAUUUGUCUACAUGUAUAAAGUUUCGUGAGCCUAAACCGUCGAGGCGGCAUCUAUCAGUUUCACGGUCUCUGUCCCAGGAUUCAUAUUUACUCCGAGGUCGACUUGAGGAAGGAGAUUGUCGGUGGCUGAAUUCUGGGAUAUGGGGGGACGCGGAGAACGUGGUUCUGGACAGUGAUAUUCUGGAUCACAAUGAGAUGAUGAACACAUAUUCCUAUGCACUUUGUUAUACACUCUUCUAUUCUGUGCUGCGUCCUUCAUUUAUAUCUGUACUUCGUUGUACCUUGGAAUGUAAUCUCUACAAAAUACUACAUUUCGUCCUAGUUCACUAGGGGGUGCUCUGGACGGACAGUAUGCUAUGCAUGGUGCAUUAGCUGAUAACCAUGAGAAGGAAUUGCCUAACAGAUAAUGGAUGAGCAUCUUUUCC